UCUUUGAAAUGGACACGAGCCCAACUGAAUGGUGGCCGACUGACACGACAAUGGCGCAAGGCCAGUUCGUGGAAUGCUUUCAUGAGCGUAAAACUCAAUGAAGCCAAUGAGACUCGUGGGCCUGGGGAACAGUACAGACUCCCAGUGUUCAUUGCUGCGAAUCCCACCAAGCUUCUGCGGGAAUAUAGCCGUUUGCUGGAGGCUGAAAAAACUAAACUGAGGCUUGGUAUCGACGAGUUGCGUGCGACACGGAUUAGCAUAGUCCGUUCGAAUCCAAAAGCACUAAUAAAGGACGUAAACUCAACCUUCAGCACCAUGGAAAAAGAGGUCAGUCUACUUACAAUGUCACUGUAUUCAACAUGGUUGAGCGUCAUGCAGUGGUUAGCUAUACAUGCACGUACCUCGGUCGAAGGCUUCUACAUUGCUGUUCGGGGAGAUUUAGAACAUUACCACGAAGCUAAAAUAUUCCUCACCGCUAAGGCCAAGUCCUUCAUCAAGGAUGUACUACAUUUCGAACCCAAGCAUCUCGCACUCAAGUUUGAGUCAUGGGCGGUCGGAGAUUUUGGUAUGCACAGCUUGAUUCAGCAUCGUUUCUAUAAUAUUUUGCAAAAGCACCACUUAACAUCGAAGAAGGUGCCAAUGAACUACGACAACUAUGAGAAGAAGAUCGUAGAGGUUUAUGCGGUCGCAAUGGAUGGA